CAAACUGGAGGCAGGGGGCAGGCUUCCCCGUGCACGAUCCUCGGAUUGGCCCAGAGGCCACGGCCGGCGCAAGCGCAGCAUCGCCUCUGGUUUCUACAGCAACGGUUUCAACAGCUGCAGCUGAGGAAGGAGAAGAAGGGAGAGGUGGAGGUCCUGACCUGAAGCGAAGGGAACAGGGCGUGCUUUGGCCAUGAGCUCUGCCGAGGUGGACGAACACGUGUCCCAGCGCUACCUCAUCAAACGGCGGCUCGGGAAGGGGGCCUAUGGCAUCGUUUGGAAAGCUGUAGAUCGGAGGACAGGAGAAAUUGUAGCCAUCAAGAAGAUCUUUGAUGCCUUCAGGAACAAGACAGAUGCACAGAGAACGUUUCGAGAAAUCAUGUUUCUCCAGGAGUUUGAUAAUCAUCCCAACAUCAUCCGGCUUCUGAAUGUCAUCAGGGCAGAAAAUGACAGGGACAUUUACCUAGUAUUUGAAUCCAUGGACACAGACCUGCAUUCUGUCAUACGGAAAGGGAACCUGCUGAAGGAUAUUCAUAAGUGUUACAUCCUUUACCAGCUCCUACGCGCAACCAAAUUCAUUCACUCAGGGAAUGUCAUCCACAGAGACCAAAAGCCCUCCAAUGUUCUUCUGGAUGCCGACUGUUGUGUAAAACUCUGUGACUUUGGCCUUGCACGUUCCUUAAAUCAACUUCACGAGGAACCAGGGAACCCAGCCCUGACAGAAUAUGUGGCCACACGCUGGUACCGAGCUCCAGAAAUCCUGUUGUCUUCACACCGGUAUACACAGGGUGUGGACAUGUGGAGCUUGGGCUGUAUCCUGGGGGAGAUGCUGCUUGGGAGACCUUUGUUCCCAGGAACUUCUACCCUCAACCAGCUUGAGCUAAUCCUGGCAGCUAUCCCAGCCCCAAACAAAGAGGACUUUCUGGCCAUUGGCUCAGGCUACAGUGCUUCUGUCCUCCACCGCAUGGGCUCCCGGCAGAUACUGACCCUGGACUCCCGCCUCCCACCAACCACUCCUCCUGAGGCCCUGGACCUUUUGCAACGACUCCUGGUAUUUGAUCCUGAGAAGCGGCUGACAGCAGAUGAGGCUCUGAGGCACCCCUACGUGAGGAGAUUCCACUGUCCAGCCAAGGAACCGGCCCUGGACUAUGAAGUGAUCCUGCCUGUGGACGACGGCGUGCAGCUCUCAGUGGUGGAAUAUCGCAACCGGCUUUACAAGAUGAUCCUGGAGCGAAGGGCAAGCAAUCGACUUCAAAGGCCAGAGAUUCAGAGAGAAGCCCCGGGGGACCAUCCCAGAUCAAGCUCUGUGCCCCUGCCCUCCCAAAAGGAUCCCCUCCUGCCGAACUCUACCUCUGAGCCAGCCCAGGCCUCAGAGGAACCGAGAACCUCUGCCUUGAAAGAACGGCAUUCACAAAUCCCUGGACCCAGGCCGCAGAGUGAGCCUGCUCCCUGUCAUGACACCCUUGGUCCCCGGCAGGGGUCAGCACCCUUCAUCUGGCUACAACAUCGAGGUUUCUCAGGAAAGAGGGGACAAUCAUAUGGGGGUGAUGCUCGCACUGUCACUGGCCCCCCUGGGGAGAAGCCAGGCCUCAGGUGGGCCCUGCCUCCUUCGUCUCUCACUGCCCAGGCAGCAGCUGCAGUGACCAACCAGGCCCUAAUGCGAAAGGACAGUUCCCUGAUGGGUGUAAUGGCGUCCACAAGCACCAGGCUGGUCCCUCGCCUGCCCCCUGGCCCCACUCAGGAUACUCGAGCUCUCCUGCGGCCCGCAAGGAGGAUGUUCCAGUCCUCUGCCUCCCAGGGGACUAUAGGGGCAGCUAAGGCCUCCCUAGGAGGCUAUUCCCAGGCCUAUGGAACCAUCUGCAGGUCAGCCCUGUAUAGUCUGCCCCUCUCUUACUCCUCCCUCCAUCCCCUCCCCCAUGUACCUCCAUCCUGAUUCCCUUCUAGAGACAUCCUCACUUUUCCCCCAGUGUACUUCUUCCAGCCCCUGAUUAGUCCUUGUUUGCCCCCCGGCCCCAGAGAUCUCCCCUAGCUUGCAUCACCCCAUGGACUUCCCUCACCUGAUUCUCAUGACCCCCUGAACCCUUACUGAAGCCCCCUCACUCAGACACUCCCAAUCUGAGCUGUCCUCCCUGACUCACUCAGUGGGGUCUCUAGAUUGGGGAAUGUUUGGCUACAGCCAUGGGAGUCUGUUCCCUUCACCCUUCCC